AUGAAGCUGGUGCUGCUUGCUGCUGCUUUACUGGCUGCGGCCAGCUGUGCGAGCAUCUCGCUGGAGGAUCUGGAGUUUCACGCAUGGAAGCUCAAAUUCGGGAAAUCCUACAGCUCUCCAUUGGAGGAAUCACAACGCAAGUCCAUCUGGCUGAAUAAUCGUCGCCUGGUCCUUGUGCACAACAUCAUGGCUGACCAGGGCAUGAAGUCCUACCGUCUAGGUAUGACCUUCUUUGCUGAUCUGGAAAACAAGGAGUACAGGCGGAUGGUUUCGCAAGGGUGUCUGCGUAACUUCAACACUUCCGUCCCUCGGGGCGGUUCCACGUUCUUGCCGCUGCCGUUGGGAGCUGACCUACCACACACUGUGGACUGGAGGCAGAAGGGAUACGUCACCGAUGUCAAGGAUCAGAAGCAGUGUGGCUCUUGCUGGGCCUUUAGCACAACAGGGUCUUUGGAGGGUCAGACCUUCAGAAAAACGGGCAAACUGGUGUCUCUAAGUGAGCAGCAGUUGGUUGACUGCUCUGGCGACUUUGGCAAUAUGGGCUGCAUGGGAGGCCUAAUGGAUGAUGCUUUCAGAUACAUCCAGAAAAACGGGGGUAUUGACACGGAGGAGUCCUAUCCUUACGAGGCUGAGGACGGAGAUUGUCGCUACAACCCGAACACAAUCGGUGCCACAUGCACAGGUUACGUUGACAUAAAAAAAGGAGACGAACGCGCCCUGUUGGAAGCCGUGGCUCGAGUUGGACCUGUGUCGGUUGCCAUUGACGCGUCACAAGAAUCUUUCCAGCUUUAUGAUUCAGGCGUGUACGAUGAGCCCGAUUGCAGUAGUUCUGUGUUGGACCACGGUGUGCUGGCAGUAGGUUACGGCACUGAUAAUGGACAGGACUACUGGCUGGUCAAGAACAGCUGGGGUCAAAAGUGGGGAGACAAAGGCUACAUCAUGAUGAGCAGGAACAAACGCAACCAGUGUGGAAUUGCUACUGCGGCCAGCUACCCAUUAGUGUGA